AGAGCGGAACCACACUCUCCCUGCAGAGGGAGGCUCGGCCCGGUGCAGCGACACUCCUGGUCCGGGUCACGACGCCAACGCAGAGAAAAGAGCGAAAAUGGCGGCGGUGACGGCGCCUGAAGACCAACUGCGCGAGCCCCCCGGGACUGGGGCCGCCCCCGGUUCUGCAGUGGGCUUCCCCUCUUCGCAGGCCUCAGCUGGCACCUCUGGGUCCAACCCGCUCUCGCGCAAGCUCCGCAAAGUGCUGGAUACGCGGUUGGAGGCUGACAAGGAAAUGUUAGAAGCACUCAAGGCUCUUUCAGUCUUCUUUGUAGAAAACAGUUUGCGUACAAGAAGAAAUUUGCGUGGGGAUAUUGAACACCGCAGCUUAGCCAUAAAUGAAGAAUUUGUCUGCAUUUUCAAGCAAGUGAAGGAGGAGCUUGAAAGCAUUAAUGAAGAUGUGCAAAUUAUGAGUAACUGCUGCCAGGAAAUGACCAGUCACCUGAAGGCAGCCAAAGAGCAAACCCAGGACUUAAUAGUCAAGACAACUAAGCUUCAAGCAGAGAGCCAGAGAUUAGACUUAAAAGCACAAGUAGCAGAUGCUUUCAUAGCAGAAUUCCAGCUUUCUCCAGCAGAGAUGAAUAUUCUUCGAGGUGCAAGGGAUGGGCCUAUGACAGAGAGUUUUUUCAAAGUGUUAGGAAGAGUAAAGCAAAUUCACAGUGAUGUCAAGAUUCUUCUGCGUACAAACCAGCAGAGAUCAGGUCUAGAAAUUAUGGAACAGAUGGCUUUGCUACAAGAGACUUCUUAUGAGCAGCUUUACCGAUGGGCUCAAGGUGAAUGCAGGGCUUUAACCCAAGAAUCAUGUGACAUUUCCCCAGUUUUGGCCCAAGCAAUGGAAGCUUUACAAGACCGACCUGUUCUCUACAAAUAUACCCUUGAUGAGUUUGGAACUGCUAGAAGAAGUGCCGUAGUUCGGGGCUUUAUUGAUGCUCUUACUAGAGGUGGCCCAGGAGGUACUCCCCGGCCUAUUGAAAUGCAUUCCCAUGAUCCUCUAAGGUAUGUAGGAGACAUGUUGGCCUGGCUUCAUCAAGCUACUGCUUCUGAAAAAGAGCAUUUGGAAGCCAUGUUAAAACUCGUGACUGCUGAAGGCGUGGAAGAAACUAUGCAAGAAGUAGUUGGACACAUCACAGAAGGUGUUUGCCGGCCUCUUAAGGUUAGAAUUGAACAGGUGAUUGUGGCUGAACCAGGAGCAGUACUGCUGUAUAAAAUUUCUAACCUUCUCAAAUUCUACCACCACACCAUCAGUAAUAUUGUGGGAAACAGUGCUGCCAUGCUGUUAACAACGAUUGAAGAGAUGCACCUAUUGAGUAAAAAGAUUUUCUUCAGCAGUUUGAGUCUGCAUGCAAGUAAAUUGAUGGAUAAGAUUGAACUUCCCCCUGCUGAUCUUGGCCCAAGCUCAGCACUGAAUCAAACACUCAUUCUGCUGCGUGAGAUUCUGGCAUCCCACAAUUCCUGUGUAGUCCCUGUGGAUACUCGACAAGCUGAUUUUGUGCAGGUUCUGUCCUGCGUGCUAGACCCUCUGCUGCAGACGUGCACCAUGUCUGCCAGUAACUUGGGGUCUGCGGACAUGGCAACCUUCAUGGUGAAUUCCCUGCAUAUGAUGAAGACGACCCUGGCUCUGUUUGAAUUCACCGACAAACGGCUGGAGAUGUUACAGUACCAGAUUGAAGCACAUUUGGACACACUUAUCAAUGAAGAAGCUGCCUUUGUUUUAACAAGAACAGGCCUGAGUUACAUUUACAAUAUUGUACAGCAGCACAAACCGGAGCAGGGUCCCUUGGCGAAUGUACCCAGUAUGGACUCCACAUCAUUAAAAGCUGCAACGGUUCAGUUUGAUCGCUAUUUGUCUGCUCCUGACAGCCUGUUAAUGCCACAAAUAAACUUUCUUCUAAGUGCUUCUGUUAAACAACAGAUCAUAAAACAGUCCACAGAGCUAGUAUGCAGAGCCUACAGUGAAGUAUAUUCAGCUGUGAUGCAUCCAGACAAUGAAUAUAAAGAUCCCGAAACGAUAUUACAGAGAUCUCCCCAUCAAGUUCAAGCACUGCUCUCCUAAGUUUAUCAGCCAUGAAACUUUUGCUUUGGAUUUUCUCCAUGUUUUAAGGUCAGAAUGGGUUCAUGCCAUUGCACAACAGGUAAUAGCAAUGGGUUGAUUUUUCUUCUCAUUGGCAACCCUGCUCAGAGCUACACACUUGGAUGCCAAGUCUGCACUUUUGUCAUAUGCUGAAACCCUGCCGAUUGCUGCAGAUUUAAGCCGCCUCAUUGAUUGUAGGUCUGUGACUAUAUUGGCAGAUGCUUGAUAGAGGGAGGACCAUGAAAGCAUACAUUUGAUUUAAAAUUACUUCUGCAUUAUAAUAAAACGGGAAAACGUCAGAAAAUCCAAAUUUAUAUGGGUGAGAAAUAACCCAUGAUAAUAUUUUUAAUUGUAAAGAGAAAUGAAGUCAAUGACAAUAUUUUCUACUUCUGUUGCUGAUGUUCUAAUUUUUGCACAGCCUUCCCAAGUUGCCCAUGACACUGUUGAUGAGAAGAUGCAAACCUUGUAAGCCAAGCAGGGUCUGAAUUUUGCUUUUGCCUCCCCCUCCCUAGUUAUCUGUUGACAGUGAGUGUGAUGAAUCUUCAGAACUGGCUAAAUCAUUUUUAGUAUGAGAACUAAAUGAAUAAAAAAUGCUAGCAAUUGUAAAACAAAGCACCAGGUUGGGGGUGGAAUGAUUGUUGUUGGUUCUUAGUAAUCUACAAGACAAAGAUCCUGAGAUUCUAGAUGGAGUUUAUUAUCUCUGUGGUCUACUUUGUGAAUUGUUCAUUGCAGUAGAGUUAGUACUUAUGGCCAGAUUUCAGAUUUGAUCUUAAAACUUUUGGUACUGUAGAAGUGAUUGUGCUUUUAGAAUCAUAGGGUUGGAUCCUCCCAAGAUGCACUGGUGCAAGAGGCAGGAGUGGCCAUGUUGCCCGGAUCCCUUCCUUCAUGACAGAUCCCAUCCCACACAGCUUUCAGUCCAUGCAGGGCCUUGUGAGCUCCAUAAUUGGUUUUACAGGAUUCACAAAGGGCCCUUCCUCUCUCUUUGUACCAGCAGAAGAGCCGGUGGGCUCCAAUCCUGUACACUUCCGCCUCCACUGCUGUUCAGCAAGAUUACCAUCACCUAGGCUUCAACAGAGAGUUCCUUUAGAAAACAGAGAGGAGAGCCAGUGGAAAGUAGGUUCAGAACUCAUUUGGACAGAACUGGGGCAGGACCUGUUGGUCACUGACUGCCUCGGAGAAGCAGUAAGGUUGGUGUGCUGUCACCCAAUAUAAGCCUUAGGAAUGGAGUGCAGGUCUAAAGUUUUGAGAGAUGUCAUGGUCACAGUUAUCGCUGAUUUGCUCAGGUCAACAAAACAAGAUGCCAGUGUUCACCAAAUCAUUAGCGCUCUGCAGACAAAGCUUUCCUUGACGGCCUUGCUCACCGCUGUGGUUUUGCCAGACAGUAAAAGAAUGUUUGACAGACUGCAUCACCAGUUAUAUUUAGAGGGAAGUAAUUCAGAACAUGCUAUUUAUAGAGCUUAGAUAAAUAGGCACAACCUUUUGCAGCUGAAGGUAACACCAGCAGUGAUUUUCUUCUAAAGCAGUGUUGCUAAUUUAAAUACCUUUUUUUAAAAAAAAUUAUAAUGCAUAUUAUUUUUAAAAAUCUAUUUAAAACAACUUGCCUUUUGCUGCUCUUGCAAUUCACAGAUUUUCUUGUUUAAAAAAAUGUGUGUGGUGCAAAUCAGCACACAGUCCCAAACAGAUUGGCCAUUAUGGACAGAAUGAGUUGGACUGGCAAGGGUUUUGGCACUAGAACCAAGACCAGGACUUGGGGAAUCUCCAUAUGUGCAACAUCUCCUAGUAUUUAUUUCAAUUGGUUGCAUAUGGUAGCUUCUUGCAGUUCACAAUGCAUUCCCUGGUUCAAGCUACAGUUCCAGCAAGUUCCUUUGGGUUAGCAAGACUGCAGUUUAUAAAGAGGAGCAUUCCACCCACCUGCACUCUAAAACAUGGUGACCUUCUUGUGAGGACUAGAGUUUAGACACAGGAAUAUACCACUUCUGGAAAAAAGCUUGCAAACAGAGAUGUUGCCUGUGGAUGGAAAAGCAGUUAAAUACCUGUUCCCUUUUUUCAGUAUUCAGACUCUUACCCUUUUAUUGCCACCGGAAAAUAGUGUAUAUAAAUACCUUAAAGUGUCAUGUUGUUUCCCUUCUCCUGUAAGUAAUCUGUACAUGUGUGUAAAUGUUUUGAAAAAUAAAUGGACUCAAACACAA